AUGGAAGAAAAAGCCAUAAUUGGAAGAAAAAAAAGUAUAUUCUAUGAAUUGCCGUAUUGGGAGCACAACUUAAUAAGACACAAUCUCGAUGUGAUGCACAUAGAGAAAAAUGUCUGCGAUAAUAUAUUGUGGACAAUACUAGGAGUUGGAGAAAAAUCCAAAGAUAAUGUGAAUGCUCGACGUGAUUUGCAAGAAAUGAAUAUCAGAAAACCAUUGCACUUGCAGUCAAGAGGGUUCAAUAAAGUUUAUGUACCUCCUGCGCAAUUCACAAUGGAACACUUGCCUAUACAUCUUGCUGAUGAAGCUUUGAUCGCUGGAGCAAUACAGUUUCGAUGGAUGCACCCGAUUGAAAGGUUUCUUCUUACAUUGAAACAAUAUGUGCGUAAUCGAGCUCAUCCGGAGGGCUCAAUAGCUAAGGGGUAUUUGAUGGAAGAAUGCAUGAACUUUUGUUCUCACUAUCUCAUUGAUGUGGAAACCAAAUCUAAUCGACCGAGGAGAAACAAUGAAGGUGAUAACAACAUGGGUCGAGCUGUAGGCGAAAGUACAACAUUUUAUCUUAAUGAUAAUGAAUUACAACAGUGUCACCGAUAUGUGUUGUUCAACACAAGUUCAGUUGCACCGUUCAUAAGCAAACACCUUGAAGUCAUUAAGAGCAAAAUGCCACGUGCAAGCGAUCAUCAAAUUCAAUCUGAGCAUUUCGAAACAUUCUACACUUGGUUUAAGGACCAUGUAUGUAUUUAGACAUUUCAUUUCACAUAUCUAAAUAUACAUAAAUUUUGA